AUGCAGCAAGAGGAGGCAUGUGAAAGCAAACAGUCACUCACACAAUCUGGGCAGAUUUCAGAAAACCUGAGUUUGAGUGGUGCUUUAACCAAAGAAGAUGAGGAAAUGGCAAGAUCUGCUCUGUCAACUUUCAUGGCUAAGGAAGAGGAGAUUCAGAAGAGGAAAAUGGAGGUUCAGGAGAGAGUUCUAGCACAGAUGGGUCGUAUUGAACAAGAAAAUAGGCGUUUGGCCACUAUCCGUGAGGAACUAGAGGCCCUAGCUGAUCCAAGGAAGAAGGAAGUUACACUUGUUCAAAAGAAGAUUGAUGCAGCCAACAAGGAGUUAAAAACCCUUAGACGGACCUCUCAGAAGAAGGUGAAAUAUUUUGACUGA